AUGCCGCAAGACGCAGAUCUGAGGUUCAUUGGCCAGAAGCAGCGUUUGAGGCCGAGAGAGAGAGGGAGAGUGAGUGAGCUGGCCUUCGAGCUCAUUGACCAGGUGAAGGCGGCGCCAGGGAUGCCAGACUGGCCAGGGCCAUAUGCCCUGGCACAGCUGUUGGCCGGCUGCGCGUUGGCCGGCGCCGCCUUCCGGCGCCCGGCUCGGAAGCUGACGAAGGCGCUCCAGAAGCAGUGCUGCUUGGGAGUGACCCUGCAGCCUGGACUCUUGGCGUUCAGCCAGACUCUGGACGUGGCCCAUCGUGGUUCCACGCCCGGGUUGGCCAUGGCGCGUGCCCAGCGCGCGCACCGCGCGCCGCGGCGUGCCUGCGUGGCUGUGGUUUUGCUGCUUUCGGGAGUGGCCUUCGUGGCAGCAGGUGCUCGCCAUAGUCCACCCACUGCCACAGCUGCCAGUGCAGCUGCAGCUGCAGGUGUUGUGUCCGUUGUGUCCACGCCAGCAUCAGCUGAGACAUUCUCCUUGCUGGGAAAAAGUUCCGCCGAGCUCUUUCCCAUCGCCAAUGCCGCGCCGCUCGUCACCUGGCUGCUUUUGAUCUUCUUCCCAAGCUGGGAGCAUUUGCCCAAAGCAGCCCUGGCGGCUCCGGUCUUCAACGCGGUGCUCUACGUGGCAGCGAUUGGCUUCCUGCUGACGCACCCCGACCCGGAGGCCGCCUCGGUGGACCUCACCAGCCUCGACGGCAUCGUGGCGGCCUUUCGGAACCCCGACGGCGUCUUCGCCGGAUGGCUGCACUAUUGCGUCUUCGAUCCUUUGGUCGGCUUGGGUGAAGUGCUGGACAGUCAGCAGCAGAAGGUGCCCCACUUCCUGGUGGUGCCAUGCGUGAUUUUGACCUUGCUCUUCGGACCCAUGGGUUUUCUCUCCUACCUCACCGUGCGGACGGUGUACCUGGCGAGCAAGCCUGCCUGA